AUGUCUGGUUAUUAUGGCCAUUCUAACCCGCACCAUCCUCCUGGGCCUUAUCGAUAUAGAAAUAAUGCUACUAACAAUAGGUAUCAACGUCCGGAACCUAUAAGACCUACUCCCGCAAUUAGUAGGUACCAAACUGAUUCAGAGCAGAGUGCUUCUCGAUAUAAUAGCAUAAAUGGCAAUGGUGCAACACAGCAUCGCCAAUCACGGUAUCCGCCAUCACAGCAUCAUAGUCAUAAUACAAGAUAUGACCAAACUCGUCAGCCUGUAGAUAAUCAGUCUUAUCAUCCAACUAACACAUCAUAUGCUCGAACAUUGAGGGAAGGUACCACUAAGCCAUGGGUGAGAUCUAGCUCUUACUCUAAACAAGAGUCUCGCUAUGGUAAUGAAAAACCAUUACAUACAUCUUCUAGAUUGAGCAACCCUCUGCCGAAACGCACGCUUUCUAUGACAUCUAAAGGAGAUUUGCGACCCAAACCGGAACUGCGAUAUGCAGAAGAUCCAGCACUGAACAAUAAAUAUCAUUAUUUCAAUCCAACCUUGAAAACAUUAAUUAACAAAGAUGAAAUGCAUCAUUGGAAUGCGAAGAAAAAAUUCCCCCAGAUGGGAUAUAUUACAGUCCAAGACCCGAUACAACAAAAGCAAGUACUUGUAUCAAGAAUCCCUGACAUAAAGUCGCGAGAUCCAAGAUCCACCAAAGAGCAUGGUCCAUCAUCGCAUCGAAAGUUGAGAGAAGAACUGACACUUACAUCACGGGUUCCAUUCGAUAAGUUUUCAGUAGGUCCACCACCAAUUUGUGAGCUUGUAAUUUAUCCUGCUGAUGACACAAAUAUAACUACUAUUCAAGAUAUUUCAAUCAAAAAUUAUUUUAGAAAAUUUGGUACAAUUUCCCAUUUUGAGUCAUUUAGUGAUCCAAAUAGUGCGUUACCAUUGCAUAUAUAUUUGAUUAAAUAUACAUCUCCCAACGACAAACUUAAUAAUUUAGAUCUACCUGGAAAAUCGGCAUAUGAGGCAGUGAAGGAUUUUAAUAAGAAAGAAUGCCUUAUAUUAGGACACCAUUUUAACGUUAUAUUAAAUAAGGGUAAAAUUCUUCAAACGAUUAAGGAUAAAACCAUAGAUGAGAAUCUCAAAAAAGUGAAUGCUCUGAAUAAAGAUAAACUACCCGCUACUCCCACAUCUAAGGCUUCAUUGGAUUCAACGAUUCCUGACAAACCAAUUACAUCAAAAUGGCUUGAUAGGCGGCUUCCAAAUGAUCUUGUAAGGAUUGUUAACAAUAAGGCAUGUCUUUUUGUACCAAAGACUUUCCUCUUUUUCCACGGCUUUAGGAUAGAGGAUUUUAAAUAUAAAUUGAGAAGAUAUAGAUAUUCAAGAGUGUUGAAUCAUGCAACUGGGAUUUAUAUUGUGUUUAAUGAUCUGAAAGAAUGUCAAAAUUGUAGAAAUAUUGAAUCGGGUAAGUUGACUUUAUUAUCAAGAAAACUCCAUGCUCCAAUUGAGAUAAAAUUCGUUCUUAUACCACCUGUUGAUACCUUACCUACAAGAUUCGGUGGGUUUGAUCGGACUUCCUCCGUUACUAAUACUUCAAGCAAGGGUACAACCACUAUUGUAAAAACCUAUAAUACAAGAACAGAAUUGUUAGAGGCAACAGUACAAUAUAUUUUAGAGGAUUUAUCGAAGGCAAUUAAUAUUGAUAUUAAGAGAAGAUUGAUUGGGCCAACUGUUUUUGAUACUUUGAAUCCAUCGAAUUACCCUGCUUUAAUGGAGGAAAAGAAAUUAAGGGAACGUGAGAGCAAAAAAGCUGCUAUUGAAGAAGCAGAAAGGAAGAAGAAGGAAGAAGUGAAAACGCAAGAUUUUGAUAUUUUUAAAUUGUAUGGUGGAUAUUCUAGAUCAAAUUUGAAGAAAAGACGUUAUUCGCAAGUGUCGUCCGAUAACAUCUCAUCUAUAUCUUCUACCAAUAAGAAGAGAUUGACUAAAGGUAUCAAGCCAAUGGCACACAUACUUAAUGAAGAUACGGGCUCAAAAGAGACUACACCCACUAUUGAACUUUCUCAAGGGGUUGAAGGGUAUGAUGAUAUCGAAGAAUUAGCAUCAUCAGCUUCAUCAAGUGAAGAUGAAAAUGAACUACUAGAAGAAGAUGAAGAUAUUGAAAUGAAGAGUGAAUCUGAAUUGACUAGUCCAGAACCUAUACACGGCCAGAAAAUAGCGAUAGAAGCCGCUACUGCUGAGGUCGAGCAGGAAGAUAUUAUCCCAGAAUGGUAUAAACCAUCAAUGGCAGAGUAUCCUGAGACAGUCUUUCCUGAGUCUCCAGCAAUCUUCAAGAAAAGUAUUGAUAUUUUGGAUUUCCAAGAAGUUAUUAAAGACACAGAAGACAUAUCUAUAUUGCAGGAGCUCUUAGAUGCUAAUGAGACCAAGCCGACGGAAGAAAUGAAACACGCUGGUUGCAUUUCAGAAUAUGCCAUAUGGAAGUACCGUGAAAAUGAGAAGAACUUGCGGUUAACUAAUGAGUGGCACUUGAAUCUUAAUGAAGUUCCAUUUGAUGUAGAGUUGACAAAAGGAAAGGGAUCAUUUAAAGCAGAAGGAUUCAGGAAGAUUCCGGAUAACUUGAAGGCAUGUUACUUACCACAUCGCCGUAAACUCAACCAACCAUUAAAUACCGUCAACCAGCAUGGUUCUGAUAGACCAACUGGUAAUAAAUUUACACCUGAACCAUCAGCAAGACGGGAAGAGUCUAACGAUCCUGAUGCGUCUGAAUCAGUUUCGAUCCAAGAAAUAUCAUCAUCUAGAGAUAACAGAGCAUCGAAUAGAAGAUUUCAACAGAAUAUCGAGGCACAAAGAGCAGCAAUUGGUGCAGAAUCAGAUUUAUUAUCAUUGAAUCAACUGAAUAAACGUAAGAAACCUGUAACAUUUGCCAGAUCGGCUAUACAUAAUUGGGGUUUGUAUGCAUUGGAACCGAUCGCUGCUAAAGAGAUGAUUAUUGAAUACGUUGGUGAAAGUAUUCGUCAAGCAGUUGCUGAGAUGCGAGAACGACGUUAUUUGAAAAACGGUAUAGGUUCAAGUUAUUUAUUUAGGGUUGAUGAAAACAAUGUUAUUGACGCAACAAAAAAGGGUGGGAUUGCAAGAUUUAUUAAUCAUUGUUGUGAUCCAAGUUGUACUGCGAAAAUUAUUAAAGUAGGUGGCAGAAGAAGAAUUGUGAUUUAUGCCCUUCGCGAUAUUGCUGCUAAUGAAGAAUUAACCUAUGAUUAUAAAUUUGAAAGGGAAAUUGAUGCAGAGGAAAGGUUGCCUUGCCAUUGUGGGUCGGUAAAUUGUAAAGGAUUCUUAAAUUAG